UUUCACUAUGAAAUGUAGGGGAGCUUUUUUUUCCAUUUUCUUUUCCUGGUUUCAACCUACAACUGCCACCUGCUCUGGGCGCAUAGAUCCAACCGCUAAAUGGAUGCCCGGCGACUUUUCUCAUGCAGACGUGAAAUCCCGAUCGUAUGGAACGAGUCCAUACAUACACACAGAAAGCACAAAAUUUAGCCACUCCCCAGAUACACCGUCCGAACUCAGCUGUGUACCCUCCUUCGCACUGGAGUUUAGGGCGUUAGCAGCAUGCAUGCGUCCAGAAUCGUCGCCCUAAAGUGGAGCCUGGCAGUUGAGAGUUAGUAGUUGCUGGAUGGAUCGACCCAGAAAUAUGUCAAGUUAUUUUACCCCUCGAUGUACACCACAGUACAAUAGGUAAUAUACGUCAGUAAGACAACUAUGGGCUCUGGUAGCAACUCUAGAAAGACCCUUGAAGGGCGACCGAAGCGCCAAAGGGUAGUGUGGCUGGGAUGACUACGCUAUAACAUGAUUUGGGGAGUUUCGGAUGGUUCACGGGUCCACGGGUCUGUCAGGCGAUUGGAG